AUGGUGGAUAGUAACCUGUAUGUUAUGACAGAAGAUAGCAGUAAACUAGUUAUUGUUGUGUACGUUGAUGAUAUCAUCUUUGGAGGACAUUGCAAUGACCUAUGCAAACAGUUUGCGGAGAAGAUGAAAUAUGAGUUUGAGAUGUCAAUGCUUGGUGAACUCUCAUAUUUUCUUGGUUUACAAGUGAGUCAACGUCAAAAAGGUAUUUUCAUCUCUCAGAUGAAAUACACAAAAGAAAUGUUAAAGAAGUUCCAGAUGGAAGACAAUAAACCAGUGGGUACACCCAUGGUUGUGGGAUGCAAAUUGAGUACUGAUGAUGAAUCCCCCUCCGUUGACCAGACACGUUACAGAUCAAUGAUUGGCAGUCUGUUAUACUUGACGGCGUCACGACCUGAUAUUCUACAAGCAGUAUGUUUGGUGGCUAGAUUUCAAGCAAGCCCGAAGGAGACACAUCUUUUAGCAAUCAAACGAAUUUUCAAAUAUCUUAGGGGUACAGUUGAUUAUAGACUAUGGUACUCCAAAACUGAUAAAUUCACUCUCACGACAUUUUCAGAUGCGGAUUGGGAAGGCAGCAUUGAUGAUAGGAAAAGUACUAGUGGCGGUACUUUCUAUCUAGGACAGAGUUUGGUGGCAUGGCACAGUAACAAACAAGAGUCUGUUUCAUUAUUGACAGCAGAGGCCGAAUAUAUUGCAGCGACAGCUUGUUGCACUCAGUUGAUAUGGAUGAAGAGGCAAGUUGCAGACUAUGGCAUCAUUAGUGCUGAACUAAUUCCUAUUAUGUGUCAUAAUAUGAGCGCCAUCAACAUUUCCAAGAAUCCGGUGCAACACUGA